GAAAUUUAGUGUCCUCGAAAUCGAUCCGGGUUGUGCGACGUGGCGAGCAGGAAGCCCGAUUUCUCGUAAACUUCUCAUGAUUUCUUGGCUAUGAGGUGGAACCAUGAGGUGGAGCUUCCUCAUAGUAGUGGUAGUAAGUGGUAGCUUGAUACUGGGGCAGGAUGCAGGAGGCAGCAGCGAAAAGGAGGCGGAGAAGAGUGCCAAAGAGGAGGCUCAGGAGGCGGGUCCUUACGCACAGGUGAAGCAGCCCUCGGCGAGGAACUCGUCGGAUUUGCAGGCUGGUGAUGGAAGAAACAGAAGCAGCAUCUCUGCUGAUGGUGCUGCAGUUACAACAACAGAAGCUCCUCAUUUGGGACUCCAUGUUGGGAACAGUAGUAUUGACAAUGUGUGCAACAUAACAGUAGAAGAUUACAGCAAAUUGACUACAUUCUAUCCCCAGCACUGCAGCAAGGAUGCAGAGCCAGAGGCGCCAGAGGCUGAUGGGGGGACUGUGGACACAGAUUCCUCAAAUGAGACACUCCCCUGUCAGUCCAGUGUUGAUCUGCCUGCUGUUGGGGCUGCUGAGCAAGAACAUUUGUCAUCGCUCUCUAUUUUCCUUAUCUUAUGUGUCUUAGCCAUGUGUGUCAUCCUGAUCUUCUUCCUCUUGAAGACCAAGUUGAAUUAUUUACCAGAAAGUGUGGCUUGUGUCAUAGUAGGUGCUGUAAUUGGUUUGGUGCUGAAGAUCAUGUAUAGUCAGAACAUCGCUAACUGGCAGAAAGAGGAAGCAUUUUCGCCCACAGUUUUCUUCUUGGUCAUUCUGCCUCCCAUCAUCUUUGAGUCUGGCUACAAUCUCCACAAGGGCAACUUCUUCCAGAAUAUUGGUUCCAUUGUUGUGUUUGCAGUUGUAGGAACCCUCAUAUCUGCACUGGUGGUGGGAGGAGGAGUGUACUUAUUGGGUCAAGCUGAUGUUGUAUAUAAACUGACGUUUGUGGAGAGUUUUGCAUUUGGCUCUCUCAUAUCAGCUGUUGAUCCUGUGGCAACACUAGCCAUCUUCCAUGCCCUUAAUGUGGACCAAGUGUUAUACAUGUUGGUGUUUGGAGAGAGUAUUUUAAAUGAUGCUGUUUCAAUUGUGCUUACUAGUACUAUCCUGGAGAUGGCUUCACCAGCUAUGGCAUCUAUGGGUUCUGGAGAAGCCCUGCUCUACACUGUAUGGCGCUUCUGUGUCAUGUUCUUUGCCUCGGCUGGUAUUGGUGUGGCUUUUGCUCUCCUCAGUGCUCUCACCCUGAAAUAUGUUCCUGUUCGUGAAUAUACAUCCCUAGAAUUGUCGAUGAUCAUAAUAUUCAUAUAUGCUCCCUACACAUUGGCUGAGGGUAUACACUUAUCAGGUAUAAUGGCAAUUCUCUUCAAUGGCAUCGUUAUGUCCCACUACACCCACUUCAACAUGUCACCAGUUAUGCAGAUUACAAUGCAACAUCUCAUGCGAACACUGGCUCUCAUUGCUGAAUGCACAGUGUUCAUUUACCUGGGACUAGCACUCUUCAGCUUCAGGCAUCAGUUUCAUAUUGCACUUGUGCUGUGGAGCAUCGUGCUAUGCCUGCUUGGUCGUGCUCUAAACAUCUUCCCUUUGUCAUGGCUGGUAAACAAGUUUCGAGACCACCAAAUCAACUAUAAAAUGAUGUUUAUUAUGUGGUUUAGUG